CUACAUAGUUAUGCAGUAUUGGUUCAAAUCGCAGAGGGUAUUUUUGAUAUUUGAAAUAAGAAAUUUUGAGAAAAUGUAUCGUGCCUUAAUAAUUACUAUCUUAGCUGUGGCUGCGGCCGAUGUCAUUGUCGAUGGACCUUGUCCGGACGUCAAGGCGAUGGAAAGCUUCAAGUUUUCUGAUUUCCAAGGAACUUGGUAUGAGAUCGCUAAAUUCCCGAACUUUGGAGAAGAAGGUAAGAAAGGCAAAUGCACGACCGCUGAGUACACAGUAGACGGAGAUAAAGGAAAGGUCAAGAACUCGCAAGUUGUGGACGGUGUCAAGUCUUACGUCGAAGGCGACCUCACACUGGUGGAACCUGGCAGAGUGAAGAUCACCUAUAAGUUUGAUGAAUACAUCAAGAAUUCAGUUCUGACCGUUCUGGACACUGACUACAAGAACUACGCCAUCGGAUAUAGCUGCAAGUUCUUGGACAAGGAAAACAAACACCAAGUGUUCUCCUGGAUUUUGUCAAGAACCAAAACCUUGGGCGAUUCUCAGGCCAAAGUGGAUGCCUUCUUGGCCAACUUCCCUGCUAUUGACAAGUCCAACUACGUCUACAACGACUUCUCCGAAGAAACUUGCAAGUUCACCUCUACCAAAGCCAUCACUAGCAUUCGCAGGAAGAACUAAAUCUAUUAUUUUUUUAAACUAA